CAGAGUAGUUGUUAGUAGCGCAAGUCAAAGAACCGGUAGCUAGCUGGCUAGUGUAAACAAAUAGUUAACACUAGCCAAAUGCAUACUAUCGCUUAAUUGGUUCAUGUUGUUACAUUAGUUAAAUUAAGUCGUUUAGAUUAUCUACUAUUUCCAAUUCACUUCUCAAUGUCUUUCACCUGUCUCUCAGUUAAAACAUAGCUUUUAAUUUCAAGCCCACAAAUACGAGGGUUUAGUUCAAAAACGAAACUGUUUUCGAGAGAGAACAAAGCCAACAAUGGCAAUCGCACGCGUCGCUACAGAGUAUGUUUUCAGUGAUUUCCUCCUGAAGGAGCCGGGUCAGGCAAGGUAUUGCGCCGUGCGCACUGAACUAGCCGUGGACAAGAUGGUGACGUGUGUGGCAGUAGGACUCCCUCUUCUCCUCAUCUCUCUAGCUUUUGCCCAGGAGGUAUCAGUGGGUGUUCAGAUCAGCUGUUUUCCUCCUACUAACUUCUCCUGGCGACAGGCCAUGUACGUUGAUUCCUACUGCUGGGCAGCCCUACACACUCACCCACAACCCUUAUGGCUACACAAGUUCUUCCCCUAUAUCCUGUUGUUGGUAGCAGUACUGAUUUACAGUCCAGGGGUGUUCUGGCGUUUCUCUGCAGCUCCUCUGCUUCAGUCAGACCUCAGCUUCAUCAUAGAAGAGCUUGACCGCUGCUACAAUCGUUCAGUAACUCUGGCUAAACGCAUGGCCACAACUGGGGAACACGCGGACAGUGGUCAGCCUGACCCUACGGAGGGGUGUUUCAUGUACCCAGUGGUGGAGCAGUAUCUGCUAACCAAGAGGAGGAGUGUUGUUGUGUUGUGGCGCUACCUGCUGUGUCGAGGCCUCAACCUGCUUACUUUGCUGCUGGCCUGUGUCUAUCUGGGCUAUUACCUCCACCUCACCUCCAUCACUGACCAGUUUGGCUGUUUUUUGCGAACUGGACUCCUGGUCAAUGACACGUCAAUCCCCGAACAAUUACAGUGCAAGCUGGUCGCUGUGGGUGUGUUCCAAUUGCUAAGCUUUGUUAACCUGAUGGUGUACGCCAUGCUUGUUCCCGUGGUGAUUUACUCCUCUAUACGGCCUUUCCUUCAAUCAAAAAAUAAUUUCCUGAAGUCCUACCAAUCACUGCCCACCAUCAGUGUUCUGCCUCGCCCUCAGGGCCAAUGGGAUGACCUGACGCUAUACUUUCUCUUCCUGGAAGAAAACCUCAGUGAGCUGAAGUCCCACAAGUACAUGAAGGUGUUGGAGUUGCUGAGAAGGAGGGGUGUCUGUGAGGGGGAGAACUUUGACGCCAUGGGUUUGCUUCAGGCGCUGUAUCUGGUGAAGAUGGACAACACAGAUGGAAAGAAGAGCAACGCAGCAAGCCCAAAUGCUAGUGACAACCCUAAUCCUAGUCACAACCCCAAUGCAGAUGCUGGGCUUAAUGCUAAAUCUCAUGAUAACACAAUUUCUGUAGCGAAUGAUAACCCUGCUGCUGGGGAGGCCAGUAGCCAGCCCCCUGCCCCCAGCAUCGCUUCCCAAGUCCCAGGGGAAUGCCAGAGCAGUGAAACAGAGAUGACCGAAUUCUCUGCUCUGUUACCAGGGAAGAGCGCUAUAACAGGUGGAAGGCGGAGUGAUGAGGGGGCUGUCCGACAGCGAAUUAUCUGAUCAUGCCAUGGUUUAUUCUGAUGAAGUAAUAGCCCCAGUGGAUUAUGGGACAAUACGAACCAUAGUGAUUCUAAGACUCUACAAGUACAUAUUGUUGUGAGUUUUCACAGGUACAAAUAUUAGCAGAGUUGUAUUAAUGUUUAUGGUAUAGAGUUAAAGUGCCUUUCAAAAGCAUUAGCACCCCUUGAACUACUCAACGUUUUGUGUGAUAAUGUGAAAUCAAAAUAGAUUUCAUUAGUUUUUGCUAAUGAUCAACAGUCCAUAAUGUCAAAAUAAAAUUCUACAUAUUAUUCUAAAUGAAUUACAGCUACUAAACAGAAAAUGUAUUGCAUUAGUGUUCAGUCAGUUUUUUGUAGAGGCACCUUAAACAGCAAUAACAGCCAUGCGACUAAGUCUCUAGCAGCGUUGCACAUCUGGACAGCAAAAUUGCUCCAUCUCUGUCAAGUUGGAUAGGGACCGUUGGUGGACAACACUUUCCACAUAUUCUCUAUUGAAUUGCGUACCGGGCACAGGGCCACUCAAGGACAUUCACAGAAGUAAUCUGUCCUGAAGUCAUCUUUGUCUUGGCUUUGUGUUUGGUGUUGUGCUGAAAGAUUAACCUUCACCCCAGUCAGAGGUCUUAUGUGCUCUGUAUCAGGUUUUCAUUUUCCUUUGGUUAGGUUUGAGGGGAGGAUAAACAAUCUCCCAGUACCUGCUUCUAAGAAGCAGUCCCAUUGCAUGAUGCUGCCUCCUCCAUGUUUCCAGUGUUGCCAUAUCCGCAGUUUUCAUGCAAAGUGGGCAACUUUUCAUACAAUGUCGCGAUGGCAGGUUUUUGGGUGACUUCUGAACUGCGGUCACGCCAUAUCUAUCUGUAUAUGCUGUAGCGUUUGUUUCUAUGAUGUUAUCAGUGUUUGUCUUGCACAUUUUUGCUUAACCUGGCCACACUGCAUGAUUCACAAUAGGGAACGCCAUGAGGAUGAUAUACAUUUAAGCUUGCACCUAACAGCUAUUUUUGUCAGGCCUUAGAAACUUCUUUCACUUCUCAGAGUCUCCCACGUGCCUUCUGGCAAAAUCUAGAUGGGAUUUCAUAGGGGGGUUUCCCGCUCUCCUAUAAAGGCCACUUUUGUGAAGUACCUGUACAAUUGUUGCAGUAUGCACACCCAGCUUAACCACAGUAGACUGUAACCCCUUUGGAGUGGCCUCUUGAUGGCAGCCCUGACUAGUUUGGCGGCCCUAGAUGGCAGUCCUACUCACUUGUUUAUUUUGAGGACGGGCUGUUCUACACCGAUUCUCAGCCAAUAUUGUGCUCUAGAGAAUAUUCACUACCUCGGAAAUGUUAUUUUAUCAUCCUACCUAUGAUUGGUUCCUUUUGAAGAACCUAAUUCUUGAUUUGCUUUGGAAUCUGUUUUUUAUUUAUAAUUUAUUUUAAAAUGUGAAGAAGUCCAAGGGGGUUGAAUACUUGAGUCAUUAUAUUGAUGUCAAUAACUUUUCAGUUAUUUCACUAGAUCAGUUUGGAACUGAGACUUAAGCUAAAUGUGUGCAUGUUUGUCUAGGUGUGUGGGUUGGUCUAUGUAUUUGGGAUGUGUAAUUGUCUUUUUCCACACCUAUGAGUACAGAAAUGUAAUUUUAUAUUUAAAGCAUGUCAGGAUUAGGGGUUGGGAACCCAGCCUAUCACGCAAAUUUUAGUGAAUUCCGGGGGUAGUUUUUACUGGGGCUCUAAAUAUUGCUUACUACAUAAUGUUUGUGGAUGAACUGAAUAAAAUAUUUUUUUUAU